AUGCCGCCCUCACAAAGGAGACGUCGUCCGGUAGAUGAGGAUGGAGACACGGACGAGGAUGCCCGUCCUCGACAGCGCCAACACAUCGAGGCCUCGGAAGCCGAGCAAGACGAAGAUAUGUCCGAUGAAGAUGCAGAAACGAACGGUGCCUCCUCGACUGCCGAUGAUCAGAUGGCCAAGAAGCUAGUUCGAUAUGCAAUCUCAUGCGAGUAUUCAAGAACGGCGAUAAAGAGAGACGGAAUCAAGGAUCGAGUACUCGGAAAGCAAGGUCGUUCAUUCAGAAGGAUAUUCGAGUUGGCACAAACACAACUGAGAACAGUCUGGGGUAUGGAGCUGCGCGAGUUACCCGUCCGGGAAAAAAUGACACUUCAUGAAAAGAGACAAGCUAUGAAGUCGAACGCACAGCCAAAGACCGGGUCGGGUGCCUAUAUCCUAUCUUCAACAUUGCCAGAAGUAUACCGAAGCGCAUCGAUCCUUAAGCCAUCCAAGGUCCCAAGCGCGGAGCAGGAAGCAACAUAUUCUGCAUUCUACACGUUGAUCGUUUCGUUGAUAUGGCUGAACGGCGGGGAGCUCAGCGAGCAGAAGCUGCAGAGAUACCUCAUGCGGCUCAAUGCCGAUCGAAUGUUGGCAAGCGAGAGAACGGAACUAGCGAUGAAGCGCAUAGAGAGACAAGGAUAUGUGAUCAAAAAGGUAGAUCGGCCGCCAGUCGGUUACGAGGGCGACCAAACCAUCACAUGGCAUGUCGGCCCCCGAGCGAAGGAAGAAAUUGGACUGGAUGGUGUCAUUGGGUUGGUGCAAGAGGUCUAUGGCCACCCUGAGGAUGAGACCUUUGACAAGAAGCUUCGAUCGAGUUUGGGUAUUAAGAGUAGACCACUCGCAGAAGGAGGGGAGGAUUAUAACGAUGCCGGUAUGACAAACGGGGCGUAG